UAUUUUCUUCUUUUUUUCCUUUCUUCUAUAUUCUUUUUUAGAAUGUCUGAGGCUAACCUAAGAGAUCGUUAUUUACAAUUAUGGCUCAACCUGAUUAGGCAAGAACCAAUCGCUACAUUUCAUUUACAUUCAAACUGUACCGUGCAAGGCAAAUUAUGUGGUACCGACAGUGAGAAUAAUCGCUUCAGAGUAGACCAACUAAAUUCACCUAUUGGCGUAUAUGAAAAGGCUGUCAUUCGUGGGACUGAUGUUAAUCGAAUUGAGCUCUAAACUUUUUUCCGCUAGUCUUAAUAAAAUAUAAAUCUUUUUGGUUUUGCAAACCCGCGAUUGUAAUAAUAAUAAAUGACCGUGGAAAAAACUGUGUCCCAAAUCCUCGGUUCCCCGCUCAAGUCCAA